AUGUACAACUGUGGCCAGGACCGGCAGUUGAUUUGGAUCGACAAAAUACUGCUGCUGUGGGAAACAGUUCGUACGUGGUCCGAACGUGCAGCUGACAUGUGCGAACUCCAGCAAGCAUCCGAGGCUCCACACAACAUUCGAAACGAAGAGCUCAGCAAUUACUAGUGUACUAUGGUGAGCACGAAGACCCGGACAACAAGUUACCGAAGAGUGCAACGAACUGCAAUUUUUUUUUAUUAUUUCAUCAAUAUGACCCAACGAAUCCAUCUCAAUGGAAGAAAAGAGUCCAUCUAAUAAAAGAGAAUUAUCAAAAAAUCAUUGAGAAUCAGCAAAUCCUGUCUUCCCACGAUUUCCCGAGCAGCAACGAUGCUCGAGAAUGCCUUUUGCGAAGGAUCAGCUGACCACAGGGUGCCCUGUCGCCCUGUUUUGUUUUGUGUUGUUUUUACUUGUAUGACCCACGACGAAUCCAUCACGAUCUACAAAGAAGAGUCUAAGAUAGAUCAGCAAUAAAUAUUUUAUUUUAUAUAUUUUUGCCUUCCGACAAUUGCAGAUGUACCUCAGAAAACUUUCACUUAAUGUCUCAUACUCUACAUGAAUAUUAAACCAAUACGAAGUACAACAACAUAUGUAGGACUUAUUUCUACUGUCAUUUACAUCGUAAAAGUAUCUCCUCUUCAACUUACCAAUGACAAUCCUGAUGGUAUCCUAUAUGCGUUCGUAAGCUUGCUAAAAUACUACUGCGUUGAUGUCCGCUUGUAAAAGCUGAAAUCCAACAAAUGCUUUGAUCCAUGCUACAUCUCCGUGUUGGAAAAGCCCUUUCAUCUCCGUUCAUGAUAACAUCUUACCCUAUUCUACGCAAAUCUGUCACAUCUACUCUCAAACAAGACGUCAACUUCAAACGAAAACGCGUUCUACGAUGCGUCUACACUCCAUCCCCAUAUCAUUGGCGUUGACUGGUCCGAGGUCGAUCUUGUUCGCCUGUUUUCGGCGUCUUGACGCCCGCGCAAUGCGAGCUUGUACCUCUGCACUCGCCGAGAUAUGGCCACCUGUGUAGCCACCGAAACGAUCUGAAGAAGUCGUUCCUUGAAGACUCCUUUCAGAGCCAUCGUUCCUCCGUCCCUUCCUCCCACGGCAUGUGUCGCAAGUUCAUCGAUGAACUCGUAACCCUCCUCUCCAAGGCGGCCAAAGCUUUCCACGGCUAAGGUGGUUUCUUUCCCCCGUGAACGGUGCCCCGCUUUCAACGUCGUGUUUGACGCGAAGGCCGUUGAGUGCUCUCGAUAGUGCGUAUUUUAACGGCUCGUGCAUGUUGACCUGUGCUCCAUCCCUUCGACAGGUCCUUGCGUGCACCGUUGUGAUGAUCUCGCCUUCCCUGCCUCUGUGGCACCUGGGACAUCUUUCCGCCAAGAAUUCUUCAACUCCCAAGGCGCGUCUCGUCGCGUAGACGUGUAGCGUCAGCGAAGGCUACCUGUGUUUCCACGAUUUCCCGAGCAGCACACAGCCAAAUCUCCCCCGUGGUUAACACAUGCUCAGUAAGACAUUUUAGCAGACAUAUUGUCCAUCUCUGUGUAUGUUAUCCUGGGAAGGUGUAGAAGGCAGGUGUUGGGUAGUUGGUAGUUGGUUCGUCGGGUGGUGGUGGCACCCAGAAGAAAAGCACAGCACACACGGUUAAAUAUUUUACUUCCUGGCUGGCGGCGCGCGGUUGUUUUUUCUUCUUUGAUCGACGCGCGAAGUCAUGACAAUCGUUCCAUAUGUAUCUAUAAAAUGAGUCCAACAUAAGGUAGUAAGGACUGCAUAGCGUCAGCGGAGUCUACCCUGGAUUCCCACGAUUUCCGUUUCGUCUUGUUUUAUUAUCCCGGUAACCUCUGAAACGCGUACCUUAUCAUUACGCGUUUAACUACAGAAUGAUGCGUAGGCAAGCGAUCCCUGCGGAGUUGGCUCAUGAGAACACGGCAUCAUGAUGGGGCGAUGCUUUGGUACUAACUAAGGGCAUGGUGGUAGCUUCAGUAGUCAUCCGCCUUGCUUGACCCAAACUUGUUUGAGUUGGUCUCGGAUGGAAACAACUGGUUUCGGGGGGGCGGCUAGACGCUGUAUAGGACCAUUUCAACGCCAAUAUCCCAUUAAGAGC